GACGAAUACGCGAAAGCAUGCUUUUGUCUCUCUCUCUCUCUCUCAAGGUUAUGCAUAAAAGCUUGGCAUUUAAAGCCUGACCACAUUUGUCAGCAUUGUUUUUCUCGGACGUUGUGGCCUCAGCUAACUAAUUAACUAACUGUUUAGACGAUGGCAGAAACUUGGGAAGGACACUGUAAAGCACACCUGGGUCAGCACAAAUGCCUAAAUAACUUGUGCAUAACAGGGAAAGAAGGAAAUACAUAUGGUACAUCCAGCCCCGAUUUCCAAGUACCCCCGGAACUUAUUCAGAAACUGAGAUCGGUUUUAGCAAAUGGUUCCGAUACUUCCUUCGACUUCCUGAAUGAGAAAUAUAUCAUAAUUCGACACGACGACUCCUGCCUGAUCAGCAAGUGUGGCAAGAAGUCUAUUCUAUUUUACUGCACAGAUACCAUGUGCUUGGUCGGACAGACGGUUGACGACGAGACGAAUAAGUGUAAUGCGGGGAAUAUCGCGAUGGCUAAUAUAAGCGAUUUCUAUAAAAAGAAGGGUUUGUAAUCAACUAUUCUCGUAUAAUAAUGUACUGCAUCUUUUUAUGUAAUGUUGUAUUUGAUUGGUCAAAUAACUAUAAAAUAAUUCGCAUGUAAUAACGUUAGCCUUCUUCUUCUUCUUCUUCUUCACUCUUCCGUGUGAAACUUUCCACAUUUUGUUGUUGAUAGGCGGUUUCUUGUUCUUAUUCUGCUUCUCUCGUUUAGUGCUACGAGAUCACGAGGUCGAAUAGCACACCUCUGUUCAUGUAUUUGUUUAGAUUGUUAUUUUUCAUGUUGAGAUGAUGACAUUGUUUUUUGCUAGAGAAAUCUUAUCGCCACGACACCUGCACCAACACCACCACCUGCCUAAGGGACUUCUUAUUGUUGUGCUCCUGCAGAGAUAUAUAUGUAUACUUCAGUAUGCCUGUAAGGAAGACUUUUGUUUGUUGAUUGAUUUCUAUGUUGUAUCUGAGGCAGGAAGAUACUCAUAGUUAUUUGAAGAGUUUUGUGAAAGUUUCUACUCAUUAUAAUCUAUUAGCUUGCUUGUACACAUUGUUUGUUUAAAGGCAUUAUUAUUAUUACUAUUAUUAUGGAUUUUUAAAAUGUACCAACGCUUAGCCUGAAUAGAGGCGCACUGUAUUUUGUUAUAAUUGGUAUAUUGAUAAAUUAAUGCUUUAUGAUGAAUGUUUGUUUUUGCUUUCACUGGAGUGGAGUUGGAGACACUUGUACUAGUUACCGUGUAGCUAGCAUAGCUGUUUGUUCCUUAAACCAUCAUAUACUGUGUUGUACUAUCACUGAAUUAUGGUCUCUGUCACACGUUAUUGAAAAUGAUGCAACUUAUUGUGGUGGGUGGGUUGGAUGAGGGUUUUGUGUACCAGUGAAAUAAAUUGUGUAUUCCGAGUGUCAGUUCUUGGUGGUGGCACUACCACCUGGUUAUUUGCACCGUAGCGUUUAUGGGUUGACUUGACGUUGGUUUAGGUCGUUGAGUCACAUGUAUGUGCCGUGGAAUGUUAAAGUACAAUGACUUUUGAGGUUUGGGAAUGGUGUUCAUACUACCAUGUGAUCACUCUGUGUUAGUGUGGACUGUGAUACAUACUGCCAAUGUACGUACUUCCAAUUUGCGAAUUAUCUCCGGAUUAUCUCAUUCUUUUUUACACUGCGUGUAUUAGAGAACUCAUAACUGUGUUACAUGCGUCUAUUUAUUCGAUUGAACGGCGAUCGAUUUCUGUCCCCCAUAUAUGUUUGACGAAGAUGAGUUAGGUGUCGUGAUAAUAUGUGGGAAAUAUGCCGUUGAAUUGACAUUGAAGCCAACUGCUUUCGGGAUUUGUCUUCGCUACGGAACUAUGCUAUUCUGUGUCUGUUUACACAAUUGGUUCAAUGUAUUUCGUCGAAAUAAUAAUGAUAGUCCCGUGCUGUGAUCUCAACUGCAGAGUGUCACAAUUUGGUUGCUGAAGUGUAUCUGUGGUAGUGGAGAGUUAACUCCUGCUUGAGAGCUUCCAUCUUUAUUCAAUGUAGGAUAUACGUUGAGGUCAUGGAUUACUUCUUCAGUGAGUGAAAGUGACCGUAAGUGUUUGAGCUAGCUAGCUUUAGUGGCCACAGCCUCUCAUUAAUUCUGGCGGAUAGCACGGAACUGACAGUCCAAAUUGAGGGUAAAUUGUGUUAGAAUACGAGCGUUUAUUAAGGUUAGAUAGCCUCGUUGAAUAUCCAAUCCCUGAAAGUCCUAGUGUCGUGAAUGUUGGUUCAUUGUGGCUUAGUUAGUACAAUUUACUAUUGGAUUAUUAUUAUUCCCUGUGGUUCAGAGUUGUUGGACAUAGGGCCGCAGUCAGGAGUCACAUCUCUACUUCAUUUUGUCCUCUGCUAUGCUGUUCAGCUGGCGCAGCGAUUGGCUGUGAGCCUUCAUCUCCUGCUCACAUGGUUUCCUCCAUAUCACCCUCGGACCGAAGUCAAACUCUUCGUUUCUCACACAAGCGUUGUUCUGGCACUCGAUAGUCUCAUCAGCGUGUGUCCGAUCCAUCUGCACCUGCUCCAUCUGUAUAUCUGUUGAGCACUAGGUUGUUGGCUGAC